AUGAAAUCCCUUCUUUUGGUCGCGUUUCUGAACCUAUGGCUUGGAUUUGUUUCCACCGCUGAGAGUCCACUCUUCAACCAGAGUGAGCCAUUGACGGAACCAAUUCCGCCAAGCCAAGACCCAUGGUACACCGCGCCAUCUGGAUUCGAAAACAAGGCGCCUGGGACUGUUUUACGGGUUCGACCUGCCCCAGGCAACUUGACCAGUAUCACCGCCAACAGUUCAGCUUCUUACAAUAUUCUUUAUCGCACAACCGACAGUCAUUUUAAGCCUACUUGGGCUGUUACUACUCUCUUUGUUCCCAAGCCCGGUGCCAACAGUGCUGCCCAACAGAAUGCCCUUCUUUCUUUUCAAGUACCCUAUGACUCUCCGGAUGUCGAUGCCGGUCCUAGCUACAGUGUGUAUAGCGCAAGUACCGAAUCUUCUGCCAGCUACACGACUGCUCUAGGCGCCGGUCUCUAUGUUUCUGUUCCUGACUAUGAGGGCCCUUUAGGCGCUUUCACAGCUGGCAUCAUAUCUGGUUAUGCGACUUUGGACUCGAUCCGUGCGGUUCUCUCCCUUGAUCUCGGUCUGACGAACACUUCUCGAGUUGCUCUUUGGGGCUACUCUGGUGGUGCACUAGCCAGCGAGUGGGCAUCAGAACUCGCGGUACAGUACGCGCCCGAUCUGACAUCGGGAACUAUUCUUGGUGCUGCUCUUGGAGCUCCACCGGCCAAUGUUACCACUCUUAUGAAAUCGGUUAAUGGUGAAGCUACAGCUGGUCUGAUCCCCAACGCACUUUUGGGGUUGACUGCUCAAUACCCCGAGGUUCGCAAGUACCUUGUCUCCAAGCUCAACGCUGGCGGUGAAUACAACAGGACAGGCUUCUCAGCCGCUGAAGGAUUUACCAUUUCCGAGUCAGGCACGACAUAUGCCAAUCAGGAUAUCAACAAGUACUUCCAGAAUAGUACUGGUAUCCUUAACGAUCCCAAGAUCUUGGCCCUUGUCAAUCGGGAGGGCGUCAUGGGAUACUACGGUGUUCCGCGGUGGCCACUCUUUAUUUACCAGGCUGUUCCUGAUGAGAUCGCUAAGAUAUCUGAGACGGAUGCACUGGUGGAGAGGUACUGUGGUGUUGGGGCUGAUAUUCUCUUCGAAAGAAACUCGGUUGGCUCGCACUACGAAGAGGCAGUCAAUAGCUAUGGAGCGGCUGUUCAAUGGCUAACAGACCUUUUCAACGAGGAACAGAUUCCAGACAAGGCUGAGGGUUGUGUUAUACGAGGCGUGACAAGGAAUGUUACUUCAAGUGCGUUGACCAGACGCGGGGACAAAUCCAACAUAUGGGAUCUCUGGUCAGCUCAGUACCACCUGAACGAGUCCAAGGACGCCCAGAUCACGUCCCUGAAGCGUAAGCUCUCGGACAGCGAUAAGGGCAGUGCGGGUCUCCGCCGUCUGUACGAGCUUAUGCGCGACCGCUCCGGGGAUGAGGCCUUGGCUAUCUUUAAUAGCGUCCGCCGUGGUAACGCACCUAACGACAUUGUGCGCUGCGUUGAGCAUGGCGAUGUGCUGCUGCAGCUGAACCUUAUGCCCGAGGCGCGCUAUGGCUACGAGUUUCCCUUUCGCAAGGAGAUGCCGGCCUUUCUACUUCGAAGCAAGAGUCGCUACCUGCGGUCCCUUCUUUUUGAGCCGCCAUUUCCAGUGUCUAGCUCAGCCUCUGACCCGGUGUCUAAUGCACCAUCUUCAUCUUCCCAGGCGCCCCGGACGCCGUCCUCCAGCUCCAUACCGCACCCUUUGGACUGUUACACUAAGCCCUUCAGCGCUGUUACCCUUUUAGAGCCGCUUCUCACUGACGCUAAUAUCUCCCGCUGGACCAGCGUCCAGUUAACUCCGGCUUUCCUUCAAAGGCUCAUGCAGACGUACCUCCUCCACUCAUGGCCGGUCUUCACCCACUUCCAUAAGGGUCUCUUCUUACUUGACUUACGCGCAGGCCGCCGCCGCUUCUGCAGCUCGCUGCUGGUCAACGCUGUCCUUGCCGCUUCAUGCCAUGUCACCCCCGAGCUAUCGCGGCGUAGUGAGUACUGGGAUCCCAAUAACUACGGAUACCUAUUCUUGGCCGAGACACGGCGCCUACUCGAGCUUGAGGGCGACCGGGACCGCCUAACGACGAUCCAGGCGCUGUUGGUGCUCAACCAAACUAUUAACGAGCAGGCUAUGGACGAGAUUUCGCAGGGCUAUCUGAUGCAGGCUGUGGGUAUGGCUAAGCGCAUGGGCUUGCUAGGACCUGUGGCCAGUCCACUCAGUGCCGAUUGGCGAGUGGCACGCGAAUUCACAGCGUGGGCUGUGUUUUCCUGGCAAGCUAUCGUAAGCUACGCGAAAAAGAUCCCGCCACUCCUCAAUGAAGAGCCUUAUACGUCUAUCCCAGACCCGAGUCAUGACUCGGCUUGGUACGACGAGCUCUGGUUGCACCACAGAGCGCGGUUCUACUCACGACUAGCUUCGUGGUACCACGAGCUUCCGGCACCAUUGCAGGCAGAGAAUGCAGCUCUGCCGUCCCAGCUUAGUGUGCAUUUCCAGUAUUGGGCUGUUAUCACGAGCCUAUUUGAGGAUCUUGACCCGGCGGACAAGGUCAAGCUGACAUUACAGGGUCAAAGCAUCCAAGAAAUUGCGCAAGAAGCGCGGUGCAACUAUGAAAUUGUCCUCCGGAUAUACUACCUACGACACGGCUUCGACAUGUACAACACGUGGGCGUUCUUUUUCCUGACCAACCUCUGCUUUAUGGCCAUCGGCGAGCUACAUGCCAGUAACGAGGCCGGGGGCGAAGAGGCAGACGCCAUGCGUUCGACGUUGAUCCUGGCUUCCAAAGGUAUGAGUACCCAGGCACGGUGCUACUACCUGGCCGAGGCUAUGCUCCGGACCGUCUGCAUGCAGAUGGACCCCGGGGACGUACUGCUCUUGGGCCAGUAUACCAGCUUCCAGGACCUGGAUGACCCUGAGGCGACGGCACAGCGUCUAAAUAUCGUUAAGUCUGGGUGGCAGCAAAAUAUGGUUUUGAGGGAAAAGGUGGAUACAAGGGAGACAGGUGCGGUUGAGGGGGAAGAGAUUGACAAAACUCUGGCUUCCGCUGUGCCCGUUGCCGGCGUUACAGAUGAACUACUCGACAACGCCCCAGAGCCUACUUGGCGAAUUCAAGUUGAAAAAGGAAAGCCUCCUGUGAUUUUUCAUGGUACUAUCCAGAAGGUCAUGGAUCAGUUAAAGACAGACUAUCCCGAUUAUGCUGCCAAAGCUUUGGAAAAAAUCGAAGAAGAUAUACAAGCUCACGAGUCGGAGCUUACUACUGCAGUUCCCGAAGUGGAAGCAAGGGGAGCACUUCAGAAGCGUGACCAUAACAUUUGCUACAACUUUCCUGUUGCCGAAGAAAGGCACAUUAGUACAGGGAUCGCCUACCUGCGCCGUAUCCCAGGCGAUCUCCGCAUUCGUCCUGGCCCCAGGGCCUGCGAUAGAAUUAGUUGUUCAGACAAAGCCGCUAUCUAUCUAUGCAACGACAACCCAUUCGAGAAAUGGAUCAAGUCAUGGGAUGAUGUUGCCAAUGGUGCCAAGGCUUGCAACAAUGAGUGUCGUUAUUUUAGUUAUGCCGGCGACCUUACUGGGUGGGUUACAGGGGGCCAGCGCUUUCACGAUCCCGGCUUGUUUAAUGUCAUUCUCCGAUAUGAUAACGAUAAAUGUUAG